AUGAAGAUUGUUACAGUAAUGUGGAUUCUCCGGAUAGGAUUUACAAAAACAAUCGCGGAUGAUCACCAGGCGAUCAGAAUGAAAAAAGCCACCAAAGUAGUUAUGGUGACGAAGCUGCAUGUCCCAGUAACUUUUACUGAAAUUGUGGAUGAUCAAAAUGUAUUACAAGUUACUAGUGAAAUCAGUAGGUCGGUGUCACUAGCUGACAAUUAUAAAUCAGUAGGUCAGUGUCAUUUCAAUGAACAAGGACCCUGUCACUAUUCUACUGAGUAUUACAAGUUACUAGUGAAAUCAGUAGUACUUUCUGAAUGUGAAAAAUGUCACAUUUUAAUAUCGGUUUCAUUCACCCUAAAUCAUACCGGUUUACUAGGUUACCUAAAAAUAUCUAAUAUCUUAAAAUCUGGAUUUUUAAGUUUUGGAGAAUCUUUAAAAAAACUGGAGAAAUCUUUAAACCAAACACCUCUUCUGACUUAUCAACAGCGAUAUUACAGAGUGCUUGAUUUUUUAAUGAUGCAUACCUUUUUAAGGAGAUUAUGUGUGGUGGCGCUUUGUUUGGGGUAUAUCAAGGCGUCAGCUGAUUUUGACUGUAGAAGAACAUCUCAAAGCUGUGUGACAGGUACUUGUAAUGAUGUAAAUGGAGAUUGUGACUGUCCUACUGAUGCUAAUGGUGUGGCUACUCACAGAAACGCAGAUUGUGGUCUUGAAAUUGCUAAAGUAGUUCCUACAGCAUUAUGUGGUCCACCAUGCUUGAAUGGAGGUGAAUGUUAUGAGCCGACAGUAGGUACCUACAUGUGUAUGUGUCCAGAAGCCUUCUAUGGAAACAAGUGUGAAAAUCCAAGAAAAAAAGUCGAGUGUAGUGGUACUGAGAUAACCAUUAAUUAUAUGCCCAUACCCACCUUCAGUGGUGACAUCUUCAUCUUGGAUAAUCGAAAUACCCCAGAAUGUGCUUUUACUGAGGCUAAUGGCAUGUACACAGCUACAUUUACUUAUCAACAGUGUGGUGUUACAACUACAAACGACGAACCUAAUGCUGGAGAUACAUCCUACGAAAUAUCAGCUGCAGUACGAUUCAAUGCAAAUAUUGAAAGAGCAACUGAUAUGAAAUUAACAGCUAAAUGUGUAAUUGACGGAACUGGACAAAGCAAUUUGAACGACAACAUUGGAACAGUUUCAGUAGAUCAACGGACUGAUUUAACCGAAGAAACAGCUUUGACAGAAUAUCAACCUGUAUCAUUCCAAUUACAAGGUAAAAACGGAAAUCCCAUGCCAGUACCAGUUAACCUUGGUGAUGAAUUAAGGAUCUACAUACCUUUAGCCGAUACCGGAAGAUACACUAAACUUAAAAUAACCGAACUUCAAACAAACAAUGGUAUGGUUGAACAGGAUUUGGUUAUGGAAACUUUAAUAUUUAACGGCUGUUUGACAGAUAUUGGUGAAGCUCUUGUGACCGGAGAUAUUUCAUCAGACCCUGCAAUACCAGCUAUCAUUAUCAACUUUAUGGCAUUUAGACUUCGAGGAUCACCACAAGUCAAAUUUGACGCCAGGGUCCAAGUUUGUGAAGGUACUGAUACAUCUUGUGACUCGGUAGUCUGUCCAUCACCACCACAAUCUGUUCCAUCUAAUCCACAAAAUAUUCCACCAGCUAAUCCACAAAAUAUUCCACCAGCUAAUCCACAAAAUAUUCCACCAGCUAAUCCACAAAUUAGUCCAUCAAGUAGUCAAAGAAAGAGGAGAGCUGCUCCAGAUAAUGAGGUUAUUUUACACGAAACAUUAACAGUCCUAGAUCCCAGAUCUAAUGAAAAACUGCGACUACCCCACAACAAAUCAGACAUAAAGAGCCAACAAAAUGCUGAUCCUCAACAAUGUUUACAGUCAACAGAAAUCAUGGUGAUGGUGAUCGUACUUAUUGUUGCUGUUGUUUUGUUGUUGGUGAUCACCACAUGCUUAGCUGUUAAAUUCAUGAAACAAAGAGCUGCUCAAGUUAAAAUCUACAAUCCAGAUAUGCCUACUGGAAACAAUACCGUCCGAAUUCCACGUGCUGCAUGCUAGAAACAAGUGUCCGGCUUCUGACAUUUCACUACAGACAGUACUAUUAAAAUUUGACAUUUAAAAGACGAAAAAGUAAGGUGUAGAUUGUUGUGGGUUAUUAAAUCAUACAUUAUUACCAUUAUUCUUUUAGUUGAAAAAUGAUGAAACUGAAGAUAAUCACCAAACAGAUUGUAAUAGGUUUUAUUCAAUUGCUAAAAUAUUCGAUUUGUUGCUUUGACUAUUCUUUUAUUUGUUGAUUAAAACCAAACAGGGUAAUUGGCGUAAGAUAUUUGUAAACAGAAAUUAACCAUGGUAAUUGGUGUAAGAAAUUUCCUUUCCGGAAACCGAUGGAACAUUAGAUUAUUCAAGAAUCUUUAUAGGAACAAUAAAGAAUAUGAUGGAACCUUCUGGAAGGAACAAGAACUAGAAUUCCCUUGAAGAUUCAUACUUCUAAAAUCGUCUUAUGGCUAAAAAAAAUUGCUUAUUUCCAUAACAUUUUUUUGGAUUUUUUUUAUAUAUAUAUUAGCUUGGAAUUUUUGUUGUUAGUAUACUUUACUUAUUAAUGAAAGAAAACGUUACUAUAUAAUAUCAAGACUUAUUUAC